AUGAGAAGACGUUUCACUAGUCAAAAGAACACUAACGCAAAAGCAGAGAUUACGGUUGGUUAUAACGUAAAUGACGAUAAAUCACGAAUUAUUCAAAAUGUUAAAGUUAAUGUUAGCCCUGAAUUAACAAGGUCAGCAACUCAACCAAAUUUAUUAACUCGUGACUUACCGAAAAAGGAGGAGGAAAAUAAAGAAGAUGGAGACCCAAUCAUUUUAUCUGAACCCGGUAAAGAACCUGUUGAAAUUCCCACAUAUCCAACAUACCCCCCACCUCUUUCAUCAAACAUCGAGAACCCAGGAAUCUAUGAUUCCAGUCGCAAUGCGCCAUAUAAAAUAGACAUUAAUUCUGAAUUAAUGAAAAUUUACCGUGAUAUAAUAACCGAUAAUUAUGAUUCAAUAAUAAAUUUAAUUGACCAAUCCGGUUUAAUUAUUUUACCUUAUGAAUCAUUAAUUCACAUUAUCGCCAUUCUUUGUGAUGUUCAAGAUUCAGACGUUAAGAUUCAAUUUUUCAUAGAUGAUGAUGUUUCAUGCUGCGGAACAGUUGCAAAAAUAA